AUGCCUAAAGUAGAAAUCAAAGUUAAUUAAAUUGACAAAAAAAGUGAGGAGUCUAUUUUAAAAUUAUUUAUAAAUUUAAUUACAUGCACAUUUUAAACUGUAUUAGGUUAUAUUUGUUUAGAUGUAUGUGUGUCAAUAAGUUUGCAUUAUAUAGCUUAAGAGUAAAAAAUAAAAAAUAUAUAGAAUAAACCCUGUAGCGAAUGCUGGUUAUGGAUUUGCAUUGACUUGUGUAUAUAUGAUAUUGUCACCAAUGGGAUUUGGUCUAAAUUAAUCAUUAAACAUGCAUACUUCAUAGGCUUUGGGUGCAAAUAGAGAAUCAUUGGCAAAGGGUUAUUUUAAUUUAAAUAUAUAUUUGAUGUUAUUAUUACUAAUGCCUCUAGGAAUAUUGCUUUUAUUAUUAAAAUACCCAUUAAGUUUAAUUAUGGCCGAAGAUUAAAGGGAAUUAACAUCUGAUUAUUCUCAAGAAUUCUUAUAUUAUUUGAUACCUACCUUUAUUAUAGCAUUAGAAUUUGAAAGUGCAAAAUGUUUUAUGGUAGCUCAUAAAAUAGCAUACCCCUUUACUAUAAUACAUUUUUGUACCUUAAUUACUCAUUGGUUAUUUUCUUGGCUUUUUGUUGUUAAAUUCUAAUGGGGAGUGACAGGUGCAGGACUUGUAAUGAUCCUAACAGAAUUAUUUAAUAUUAUUGGAUUGAUUGGUAAAGAUAUUUAAAACAUUAUUAAGUUUAUGUUGAAAAUACAAAUUUAAAAAAAGAUAUAUUUAAUGGAACCAAAAUUAUACUUGAUGUAGAUAGAUUUUAGAAAUUUGCAUUACAAUAUAUCAAAACCUCUAUACCAAUAGUUUUGCAUAUUUUCUCUGAAUUAUUUGUGUUUUUUACACUUUCCUUUAUAGCUUUAAGUUUAGGAGUUCCAGAAAUGAAUGCUCAUAUGGGUUUAUAAAAUAUGUGUGGAAUCUAUUUUAGUAUUAUAAUUAAUUCUUAUUUUAGGAAUUCCUUUAAGUUUGUCCAUAGCUUUAAUGUCUUUUGUUGGUACUGAAAUGGGAAAAGCAAAUAUUAAAUUAGCAAAAACGUAUGUUUUAUUAGGAAUCUCUAUUUUUACUAUUUCAUGUGCUAUAUCUUCUCUUUUAAUUUGGAAUCUUAAAGAAUCAUUAGCAAUCUUUUAUUCAUCCAAUCAACAUUAAAAUCAAUUUACUAAUUUAACAAAUUAAAUAUUCUUAGAUACUAUUCCAUGGUUAAUUGGUGGCAUGCUUAUUGUUGAUGGACUUCAAGGAACUUUAAGUGGAGCUUUAAAAGGAAUUAAUUAAAUUAAUCUUGUCUUCGUAUUUAUUUCAUGUAUUCUAUAGUAUUCCACAAUUAUCGCUUAUUAUGCAAUUUGUCUUCCUAUUGUAUCCUUUUUUACUUAUUCAUGGGGAUUAAAUCAAGGAGUAGUAGGCAUAUGGCAAGGAUUUGGAAUUGCUAAUCUAAUUUUAGCAAUAUUAGACAUUUUUAUUCUAAUGAAUGUUAAUUGGGAUUUAGAAUCUUAAAUAAUUAUAUAUAAAAUUGAGACCUAACAUGAGAUAGAACUAAAAUCUUUUCUUUAUGUUGAAAAAGUUAAUGUAUGA